GAACAUUUUUGUGCUUUUUAGAUCAACAAACUGGACAAGGCAGUGGCAGCAGCCAAAACGUUCUUCCAGGCCAAUCCAGAUCACUCAGAGAUGAAGCAGAACCUGGACUACUACAGGAUGAUGGCUGGAGUACAGGAAGAGGACUUCAAAGAUCUGGAGUCCAGCACACAUAUGGCUGAGUUUCUGCUGGGGAAACGUUUCUACAGCGAUGAGUCCUUUUGGUUGGCAGCUGAGCACUUUGAGGUGGCUGUAGACGAGUACUUCGUUGCUGACAAGAAGUGUAGAGCCCUGUGUGAGGGGGCGUACCGUUUUGAUGGAUACAACUACAUGGAGUACAGUGCAGACCUGUUCCAGACCAUGACAGACCACUACCUGCAGGUUCUGAGCUGUAAGCAGCACUGCUCUGUAGACCUGGCUUCAGCUGCAGGCAGAGAUCAGCCCUUCCACGACUUCCUGCCUUCACACUUCAACUACCUGCAGUUCUCCUACUACAACAGUGAGAAGUACGAGCAGGCCAUAGAGUGUGCUAAGACCUACCUGUUGUUCUACCCCGAGGACGAGGUGAUGAAGCAGAACCUGAACUACUAUUCUGUAGUGCUUGGCGAGGACAAGGCUAGAACCAUCACAGCCAGACAGAUGGUGAAGCAGCACAUGCAGCAGUCCAUACUGGAGAAGGAGCUGCUCUACUUGGGAUAUGAAGCCUUCGGGAUCACCUUCGUAGAUUCGGACACAUGGACUCCUGAGAGUGUGAUGCCUAAGAAACUGAGAGACAAACAAAAGGCCGACAGAGAGACGGCAGCCAGGAUCACAGAGGAGAUCGGAAACCUGAUGAAAGAGAUCGAGACCCUGGUUGAGGAGAAGAAGAAGGAUUCCUCGGACAUGGCUAAGAUGGUUGCGCCACAGGAAGGUGGUGCUCUGCUGUACGAUAAUGUCAGGGUGACCAUGACAUCCAGGCAGCUGAAUGGUUCCCAGCGCGUGCUUCUGGACGGGCUGAUCAGUGACGAUGACUGCAGGGAGCUGCGGCGCUUGUCCAACGGGGCUGCGCUGAAAGGUGAUGGCUACAGUGGACAGCCAUCUCCACACACGCCCAAUGAGAUGUUCCAGGGAGUCACAAUCCUGAAGACUGUCAAGCUGGGCCAGGAGGGGAAGGUUCCUCUGAAGAGUGCUGGCUUGUUCUUUGACCUGAGUGAGAAGGUCAGAAAGGUGUUGGAGUCGUACUUCCACCUGGACACGCCGCUCUACUCCUCCUACUCUCACCUGGUCUGUCGCUCAGCUGUUGAUGAGAAACAGGAGGGCCGAGAAGACCUGAGCCACCCUGUGCAUGUGGACAACUGUGUGCUGAAUUCUGAGCUAAACCAGUGUAUCAAAGAGCCUCCUGCAUACACACACAGGGACUACAGUGCCAUACUUUAUCUGAACGAUGACUUUGAGGGAGGAGAGUUCAUCUUCACUGAGUUGGAUGCAAAAACAGUCACGGCGGAGGUUCAUCCACGCUGUGGUCGUGUUGUUGGGUUUGGAGCGGGAAAGGAAAACCCCCAUGGGGUCCGAGCUGUCACCAAGGGUCAGAGGUGUGCCGUGGCGCUGUGGUUCACCCUCGACCCAUCUCAUGAAGAGAAGGAAAGAAUCCAGGCCCAGGACAUGCUGAAGAUGUUUUCCACUCCUGUGAAUGAAGAAUUCACCCUGAAGAAGCCGAGCGACCCUUUUGAGUCUCAGCCAUCCUCCUCAAAAGCAGACCAGGUGGCAGCUGAUCAGAAACCAGAAGGUGAAGGAUCAGAACAGAGGGUGGACUCAUCUGCUGAAACCAAGACUAAAAAACCAGCCAACCAGUCAAAAGACAGAGCGAAAACGAAACCAGUCUCUAAAUCUUCCGUUAAGACCAAAGCUGCAGCUACAGCUGAAGACCAGAGCCAGCAUCUUAAAAAAACAGCAAUAAAAGCCGCCUCAGAACAGGACUCGACGUCCCCGGAGCCUCAGAGCAGCAGGGACGAGCUGUGAUGGACAGGAGAGGGUAGCGGGUCUGACGGUGCUGUGAAGACUCUACCCUUUUUAAUAUUUCUCUGUUAGUUCACACUUUGAAACAGAGUUGUGAAAAGUGAUUUGGGUGGAAGUCCUCCCGAAUAAAACAAUAAAGUUGUGUUUCUAAAAUGUGA